ACGUGCAUUUUGGGGUAUUUGUUCUUGUAAACCUGCCAUCACAAAGGCUCUCUUUAUUAUUUCCGAAAAUUUGCAAAACAAUGGGCAUUCGAUUUUUAAAGUUUAUCAUCAUCAUCCUCUUACAGCUUUUCUUCUCUAGUUUCUUAUAUGGAACUGAUAUCAUCACCUCAUCCCAAAAUCUUAGUGACGGUAGAACCUUAGUUUCUAGUGAUGGAAGCUUUGAACUGGGGUUCUUCAGUCCUGGAAACUCUGGUAAGAGCCGUUACUUGGGAAUUUGGUACAAGAAUAUUCCAGUUCAAAAUGUUGUUUGGGUUGCAAACAGGUGCAACCCAAUAAAUGACUCGUCUGGUGUUUUGAUGAUAAACAACACAGGCAAUCUGGUACUCCUUAAUCAAAGCGGGAGUGUUAUUUGGGCAUCAAACUCAAAGAAAGAAGCUCAAAACCCAGAAGUGCAGCUCCUGGAUUCUGGAAAUCUUGUUCUACAAGAUAGAAUUGAUGGUAAUCCAGCAACACCUUUGUGGCAAAGCUUCGACUAUCCCACUGAUUCUUGGCUGCCAGGGAUGAAAUUUGGAUGGGACUUAAGCACUGGUCUUAAUCGACGACUAUCAGCAUGGAAUUCCCCAGAUGAUCCAUGUCCUGGAGACCUAACUUAUGGGAUAGAGCUAUAUAAUCUUCCCGAUCUUGUUAUGCGGAAAGGCUCAAGAAAGUAUUUUCGGACAGGCAAUUGGAAAGGCGGUGUAGCCAACCAGUUUUUUACACCCAACUCCAUCGCAAAUGAACAAGAGAUUUACUUAAUCUAUCACACCAAAUCCAAGUCAGUAAUCACAAGGCUUGUUUUGAACCAAACCACCGGUGGUGCGAGGCGCAUCAUAUGGAAUGAAGAAGCUAGAACUUGGACGGUUUACAGUCAAUUUCCAAGUGAUGACUGUGACAACUAUGGGACUUGUGGAGCAUAUGGGAACUGUGUCAAUACAGAAAUUCCGCCUUGCCAAUGUUUGAAAGGUUUUAAGCAAAAAUCACAGGAAUUGAACUCAGUGGACUGGUCUCAGGGGUGUGUGCGCAAUAACCCAUUAGACUGUCAGAAAGGAGAUGGAUUUAAAAAAUUUGGUGGAUUGAAACUGCCUGAUGCUGAACAUUCCUGGGUGAAUGAAAGUAUGGAUCUCGAUGACUGCAGGGAUAAAUGCUUAGAGAAUUGUUCUUGUACGGCCUAUACAAUCUUGGAUAUUAAAGAAGAUAGAGGCUGUGUAAUUUGGUUUGCUGAUCUAAUUGAUCUUAAACUGUUCCCACCUGCUGCACAGGAUUUAUAUAUUCGAAUGUCUGUUGCUGAUUCAGAUCAUGAAGAGACAAAAAGCAACAAUAAACUAAAGGCUGCUCUAAUAAUUGCAGCUGCCAUUCUUGUAGUUGUUAGUGUUGUUGUAAUCACCUAUUACAUUCGUAGGAGCAAUCGUAGCAUAGAAGAAAGAGAAAUUGAUCGGAGCAAUGCAAGGCAAAAUGAAGAUUUAGAACUCCCAUUUUUUGAGUUUGUUUUCAAGAAUGAAGUAGCACUUAUAGCCAAACUUCAACAUCGGAAUCUUGUAAAGCUUUUAGGAUGCUGCAUUCAAGGGGAGGAGAAAAUGUUAAUUUACGAAUACAUGCCUAACAAAAGUUUGGACUACUUCAUUUUUGAUGAUACAAGAAGGAAUCUAUUAGACUGGUCAAGGCGUUUUCACAUUAUUUGUGGAAUUGCUAGAGGGCUUCUCUAUCUACAUCAAGAUUCUAGAUUGAGGAUCAUCCAUAGAGAUAUCAAAGCUAGCAAUGUUUUGCUUGAUAAUGAAAUGAACCCCAAAAUUUCAGACUUUGGCUUGGCCAGAACAUUCGGAGAACAAUCAGAUGGAAAAACAAAUAGAGUGGUUGGAACCUAUGGUUAUAUGGCACCAGAAUAUGCCAUUAAUGGACAAUUCUCAAUAAAAUCUGAUGUUUUCAGCUUUGGCAUAUUGUUGCUUGAGAUAAUAAGUGGGAAGAGGAACAGAGGGUUUUACCAUCUCAGUGAUAACAUUAACCUUAUUGGACAUGCAUGGAGAUUGUGGAAAGAAGGACAUCCUCUAGAACUGAUUGAUUCAUUUGGAAAAGAAUCGUGCACUCUCUCCGAAGUAUUAAGGUGUAUCCACAUUGGUCUCUUAUGUGUUCAACAACAUUCCAAAGAUAGGCCAAGUAUGUCAUCUGUGGUUGUAAUGCUGAGUAGUGAGACUGAAUUGGUACAACCCAAAGAACCUAGUUUUCUUUCUAACGAGAAAUUCCCUGAAAUUAAUCCCUUAUUCACUAAACCUGAAUCAAGUUCAACAAAUGAACAUAGUUUCUCAGUAUUGGAGCCUCGAUGAAGAUUACUUGAACGUUGUAUGCCUCUUGCUGCUUAUGUUAUUUAAUGUUAUUCACGAAUGCUUGCCAUAUAGCCUUAACAAUUAUUUGUAAAACAAAAUUAAUAGUGAUACUUAUC